AUGCACGAUUAAGGUAUGUGAUUUAUUGGAACUAGGUAUUUCAUAGCCCAUACCCUCAAACCACCAUAGCCAAUCUUUCGUAAAACAGUUUCUAUAGACAUAUGUAUUAAUAUAUCCCACAAUCUUAGAAAGCCCACUUUCCUAAGACUAAAAAGAAUAAUUUUUCAAAGAAUCCAAACUUACCGUCUCAUUUUCUUCUCCACCAAAUUCUGGAAGAGAUAACUGUAUUCCUGAUGAAGAAGUAAUAUCGUACUUCAUUCCAGAUGAUAAUUACUCUUAAACUAGCUAUAAAUAGGUUCGCUUCUCUGAACCUCAAGAAAAGUAAUUUGAUGACAUAAGUAGAGUAGAACUACUAAUACUAUUGGAUAUAAAUAUAGAAGACAGAGAUCCAUUCCUAUUCCAGAAAAAGUUUAAGAAGAUCUUAUUGGAGAGUCCUCUUAGCUCUCUCCAUACAAUAAAAGUUAAAUCCGUAUUAAAGAACGGUAACAUAUGAAUUAAUCAACUAAUUUAUUGCAUGACAAUGAAAAUUAAUUUGGCAUAAAUGCUAUCUAACUAGAAAAUAGUUUUGGUUGGAAAACAAUAUCUUCAAAUGAUUAUAGUGAUCAAAUUAUUCAAAUGGCAGAUGAAUUAGUCAAUUUAGUCAAAAAUUACUUAAAUAAUAUAUCAUUUCAUGAAAGUCAUUUUACUUUUGAUGAAAGAGAAGUAGAUAAUAGAAAUAGAUUAUAACUUUAAAGAAGAGUACUUUAAGUAUAUUAAUUAAUAAUAUAAUCUAGAAAGCUUUAGAAAACUUAAAUCUUAAAUUAAAUUCUCCUAUUACAAGAAUAUCAAAUACAUCAUCUUGUUUGGAAGAUUAUAAUGUAGAUUAUAAAGAAUUAUAAUUAAAAAUAGAAGAAUUGACAGAUCAAAAUGAUAUAUUAAAGGAUAAAUUAGAAAUAUAAGAUUUAAAAUUAUUAUAAUAAUAUGAAGAAGUUAAAGAAUAAUAAAUAUAAUUAGUAGAUUUGGAAUUGAAAAAUAAAUCUUUUUAACUUGAUUUAGAUUCUAAAUAAUAGGAAAUUGUUACUUUAAAUUAAUAAUUAUUACAAUUAAAAAAAUAAUUAGAUGAAUAAAUUAAAAUUUGUUAAAUUUAAUCAUAAAAAAUUUAAUAAUUGGAAUAAUAAUAAAUGAUAGAAAAAUAAUCAAAUUCAUUUUAUUAUACAUCAAAAAUAAAUACUAAUAAUUUGAAUAAAUCAUUUAAAAAAGAAAAAAAACAUACAAAUUCAUUUCAUGAAGUAUGUUCAUCACCAAAUGGAAAGAAAAUUAUGAUUGUAAACAGUAGUACUAAUAGUUCUUAAUAAUCUCCUAGAAAUUUAUAGAUUUCAAAUAGUAAAAUAUUAAAUUUAGAUGAUACUACUUAUUUUGGAUCAGUUUAUAAUGAAAAAAGAUAAGGAUAUGGAAAUUUAAAGAAAGGAGAUAAGAAAUUAUAUAUGGGUAUUAAUUAUAUAUUGAUAAUAAGGAUUUUGGAAAGAUGAUACAUUUAAUGGAUUUGGUCAUUUAAAUAAUGAGACAGUAGAUUUUGGAAUUAUAGAUUAUAGAAAUUUAGAUUCAGUAGGAAAUAAAUGGUUUAGCUAUUAAGGAGAAUUUUAGGAUGGUUUAUUUCAUGGUUAUGGAAUAUGGACAUUUAGUGACAAUUCUAGAUUUCAUGGAGUAUUUCAAUUAGGGAAAGCAUGUGGUAGAGGGUAUUAUUUUAUUAAUGAUUUAGUGCUUACUAUACAAAUAUUAAUACUAUUUAGGGAAUAUGGAAUAAAAAUAUUAAAAUGUGA